GUGUCAGGCUGGUUGGAGGUUCUCGCUGCUCUGGGAGACAAUGUUAGAGUGAGGUUGGUUGGUGGUCACAGUCGCUGUGCUGGUAGAGUGGAGGUUCUUCAUAGAGGUCAGUGGGGAACAGUGUGUGAUUAUGACUGGGAUUUGGCUGAUGCUGCAGUGGUGUGUAGAGAACUGGACUGUGGAGAACCUGUAGAUGCUCUGGGUGGUGCUCACUUUGGACAAGGAUCAGGACCAAUCUGGGAUGAUCUCAUGUUAUGUACUGGAUCAGAAUUUUCACUGAAGAUUUGUGCAUCAAUAAAAUGGAGUUUUUAUGACUGUGAUCAUACUAAGGAUGCAGGAGUCAUCUGCUCAGAUGUCAAGCUUGCUGGAAACACCAGUUGCUCUGGGAGGUUAGAGAUACUUCAUGAUCAGACGUGGAUGUCAGUGUGUGACGCUGCCUUUGACCAGCAGGAUGCAGAGGUUGUGUGUAGAGAGCUGGACUGUGGGGCUCCUGUACAGGUGCUGGGAGCAGCUGCUUUUGACAAAGGAGACACUCAGAUGUGGACACAAGAGAUUCAGUGCAGAGGAAAUGAAUCUCAGAUUCACCUCUGUCAAACAUCUCCAUUGCACAAACACAACUGUUCUCGUGAUAAUUACCAGGGGCUACUGUGUGCUGGUAAGAAUUCAGAGUUAAGAGUUUUGGUCUUGGCAGAACAGAUCUGUUACACUGAGGCUGUGGCAGGGCUAGGACAGAGACUUACUGCCAAUACACCCACAGACAAGCUGCUGUGA